AUGACGUCAGCAGGCAUAAUAAAUGAUAAGCCAGACUUCUUGGAAGUGGAGAUAUUUGACAAAUUGAGAUUAAAGGGAACUAAUACUGAAGAGAAAGACUUGUCACAGGAAACCAUCCAGCAGGAGAACGUGCAAACAUCGUAA